CAUACUCGCGAUAAACCACGCGGUGUGGUGGGGAACAACAACUCAAACAAAAAUCGUUGUUGGGACCGUCGCUAAAAAGAGCGAUAGCUGUAAAGUUGUAUAAUUAGCCGAGAGACCGGAGGUGAACGAGGGCGGGUACGACAGGUGGUAGAGAAUAGAGAGACGAUGAUGUCUCCUCGGGAUGUUGUUUAAAUCGUAAUAAUUUUCAUUCACCGUUUUUUGAUGCGCGCGCAUUAUUAUAAGAGGAGAAGGCUGUAUCGCGAUCAUCGUGACGACGGUACGCGCGAGUCUCUUUUGACCCACAAAAACCGGUGGAGAACUCGCAGCCGGUGAGUUUGUCCAUUCUUCACAAUCGUAAGAGUCUCGAAGGACGCCGAUCGGAAGAUGCAGAUGAGAACUGUUCGACGAGGAUCCGUGAAGUGAAUCCCGUCGUUUGUCCAUUCGGUUUUUAUCGUGAAUCCGGUAAAGUGGUACUACGUACAUUUCGAGUCAGUGAUAACGAAAAAUCAAAGUGCAACCACCGCCGAGGGUGGGACGUGAAGAACUUCGUCAUUUCAGGACUUGAUUUCAAAUAUGAGGAUACCGAGGAAAAUAUGUUUCCUGGUGUUAGCUCUCCUGGCCAUCAUCGAGAUCACCAGAGCCGAAGAAGAAAAUCUGGAUGACGUCGGUUACGAUGACAGCGAAGAAGGAAUCGAUGAAAAGCUAUCCACAUCGUUAAACGUCGAUGACGGUUACUUCCAGAAGAAAGAAACCGCCCUUCGGAACGCUGUUUCCGCUGCCGUAAGAAUACCGGAGAAGCAAGUCCAGAUCAGCCAAGUCCUACCCAUAAUUCGGAGCAUGUCGCCUCCGCAAAAACGAGCGAUGGCCGUUCUGGUGUCCACCAGAAUGUCCCACAACGACUCAACUUUACCUUUCGAUCAAGUCGAGAUGCUCUUCGGCGCUGACAGUAAUAAAAACAUCACGAAGGACCUAAUGCUGCCGAUCAGUAUGGACAUCGCUAAGAUCAUCACCGACGACAUUCCCGAGGAAUUGCCAGAGGCCCAAGAAUUGAGGUAUGUACCGCAUGGAAAAAGACGUCGUCCUCUGUACCAGUCGCCGCCGCGACGCCAGUCCACGAUGAUCCGACGAAACGUGCAUCCCGAAGGGUUGCGAUCCCCUUUUUCCAGACCCGGAAGACGACCCACGGAAAUCAAAAGGAGCCCGACCGAACAAGAGUGCAAAUUUUUUUCGUCCACAGUUUGUCUCGAAGCCGCGGACUAUCCACACGAAGCUAUUAUGAGGAGCAUUAGAAGUAACAAAGAAAUGAUCUCAGCGCUGUUGGCUGACUAUAAAUCUCAAAGCUCUUCCGAACUUCACGACGAUGGACUUCCGCUCGCAUUGCCUCUGGAGCUGAAUAAAUACGAGAACAGAUUCGAAAGCAACGAGAUCAAAAGAUCGGACACCAAUUCGCCUUACGCGGAUAACGUUGAAGAGGGCUUCACGUGUCCAUCGCAGAUAAGAUACGCACGUCCACAGCUCGCAAGAGCAGCCUCUGGCGCAUGGAAGUACAUAAUCAACACCGGGGAACACACGCAGACCCUGAGGCUCGAGAAAUGCACGAAACCGCAGAGCAGCUGUUCCUUCGUAUCGGAUAAUUACAAGUCGUCUUGUACCCAAGUGUUCAACUACCACCGUCUUUUGACUUGGGACUCAACGCUGGGACUUCACAUGGAUAUUUUCAAGGUUCCCACCUGCUGCAGCUGUCACGUGCACGGAUACUCGGAUAUUUAUCCUCCGCACCGUAAAAAUCCACCCGCAAAAUUGAAGGAGACGUUUCCCGGUGCGGAUUUCAUAACGGAGGACCAACCCGACAAUUAUCGCGACUUUAACGGAAAACCGUCGAAUUUUAUCACCAAACAAAGUCCGAGCGCUAAUUUUGAUCCCGGUUUUUUGAGCGACUCUUCCGGACCGCCUUCUUACGUAGACGACGUAGAGGACGGUAGCACCAAGUACAAUUACUUUGACAAAAAACCAUUUUCCGAAUCCGUUCCCAGUCGACCGACUCAUCAGCCCCCCUCGAGACUGAGGCCCAAAAAACAACCUUCGGGAAUAUCGAGACCGUUCGAUAAUCUGCCCACGCAACACGCACCCAACACCAGAGCUCCCGGGUAUACCGGACCAAAAAUUCGGACGAGGCCGCACAGACCCUUCCGAAGGGAGUCCAAUGCCCAACUGGACUUUUCCAACAGUGCGGAAACCGACAGUGCCAAUAGCCGAUACAGCCAACAAUUCGAUCAAGACGUGGAUGCCACGACUCGAGUUCAGAGCGUAACUUUCGACGAGGAAUAUCAAGAGCCACCACGAAGAGUGAAUUACAAUUAUCAUCCGAUAAUAGAUUUUUUCAAACCCGAAGCAUCGAUGCUCCAGUCAAUCCAGCCACAGAUGGCCACACAGCCGGCUCCGGUGCAAAGCUCAAACUCAUGGAAGCCCAUGAUUUCGACGUAAAAAUUCACCCGCGAUUUUACCAGUACCUGAAAAUUUUUUUUCUUCAUCAAUUAUUUAUUCUCUCUCCUCAUCUCGCGACUCAUCGAUCAACGAUCCAUCAUAUCCGCGAACUGACAGGGCUGAUGCAAUAAUUAUUGGCUAAUAAAUUCAUCGAUUAAUUCGUUUUCCCCAAUAUUUAUGUACACAUUAUCAUUUCUUGAUUGUUCUUCGUUGUUUAUUUAUUUAUGAAUCUACUUUUAAGUCGUAUCAAAUUUGUACCUUAUAUAUAAUUAUACGCAUACCUGUAUAUGCAUUGAAUAAAAACCUUGUGUUAGUUUUAA